AUGGACUCGUGCUGUCGAUCUCUUUUGCCGUCUGUGGACUGGAACAUGGCAUGUGUUUCUUCAGCAAAAUAUCACUGGGAAGACGAGAAUCAUAAGGAUGUGACUGCUGGCGAGCAGCAAGAGGGAUCCCGCAGUCGUCGAAGUCAUUGGACAGAACAGGUGCUGGUCGCGACUAAACAGUGUGAUUCAGUUUUAUCUCGGUGUUGCUCCUAUUACGAGGAGUUUUCUCAGCCUGAGUUGACUGCAGUGCAAAAACAGAUUGCUCGAAGCCGAGUGCGUGAUCGAGAGCUGAGACUAGCCGACUCAUGUAUGCGAAGUCGUUUGUACGAAUAUAUGAAGUAUCCAGAGAACAACGAGGAAGCUGAUCUUUUCGAUGAGCCUCUUCCAAGUGUAGAUACGACUGUUCGAGGAAUGGGAUGUCACGAACGUGAGGAAAAUGACACAUUGAAGUUUGCCGUUCUUGACUCGCUUCAUUAUUCGUAUUUCUUGAAUAAAUGGGGACUAAUAGAUGCACAGCAGCCGCUGGUCAUCGCUAUCGACAACAGCCGAGAACUGUUCUCUGUUAUGGAUGGAUCGUAUUCUCAAAAGCGUGUACGUGAAUUCAUUCAUGACUACCAUUCCUACCUUAUCUCAGAUCAUCUCAUGAGCGAAGAUGAUAGUACAACAAGGUUCAGUGGAGUGAAAUACUCACCUGUACAUCAACGCUUGAAGGAUGAACAUGUUCUUCAGCGACUCACUCUGCGUACAUUCCAUGAUUUGAUCGAGAACAGAGUGAGUUAUUAA